CUGUCAACCGAGUAUGCGAGCAGGUGAACGUCAAAGAGUUACGUCGCUGCCCCAUUCGCGUACAUUUUACGCUACUUUGAGGCGGAAAAGUCAAUGAGCUCGUCUCUUAUCUACGCUUAUGUCGUUAGAAGUCUACCUUUGUCAGCAGGUGAGGUCAAAUGCAGAGAAAGGGAACGAAAGAGCUGAGCUGACAGGUGAAGGACCAUAUUAUUGCUAAAAGGGUUACAAAUGGACGAAAACAAAACGGCACUGGUCGAGAGCCUGAUAAUAUGGCUGCAGACCUUCAAUACUCCUGCGCCCUGCGGGACAGUGGAUGAGCUCACCAGUGGAGCAGCAAUGUCGCAGGCCCUGCAUCAGAUAGACCCAGCAUGGUUCAGUGACGGAUGGCUCGGACGCAUCAAAACAGACGUCGAGGGAAACUGGAGACUGAAGAUGAACAACCUAAAGAAGAUUCUUCAGAUGGUGGUUGACUAUUACAACGAGGUGUUAACUCAGGAAAUCUCAGACUUUCCGCUGCCAGAUCUGUCUCGGGUGGCAGAGCAUUCAGACCCUGUGGAGCUGGGGCGUCUGCUGCAGCUCAUACUGGGCUGUGCUGUCAGAUGUGAGCGCAAACAAGAGUACAUUCAGAUCAUCAUGACCUUGGAGGAGUCUGUGCAGCAUGUUGUCAUGACAGCGAUUCAAGAGCUCAUGAGUAAAGAGACCGUGGCCCCGUUUGGAGGAGAGCUGUCGGGGGACUUGGAACAGCAGCUAAAAAAAGCCCUAGAGGACCUUGGGGAACUUCUGGCAGAGAAGGAAGCACUAGGCCAACGCUGCCAAGAGCUGGACAUACAGGUGGCCGUUCUUCAAGAGGAGCGGAACAGCUUAUUGGCUGAGAAUGAUGUCCUAACGGACCGAGCCAAUCAGCUCGACACAUUCGACGAUCCAAGCGUGCCCUCGGGAAGAAAACACAGUCAGCUGCUGCAACAACUCGAGACACUGCAAGAGGAGAACUUCAGGCUGGAGGCUGCUAAGGAUGACUACCGGAUCCACUGUGAGGAGCUGGAGAAGCAGCUGAUUGAGGUUCAGCACCGUAACGAUGAGCUCACCAGUCUGGCAGAGGAAUCACGGGCUCUCAAAGAUGAACUGGAUGUCCUGAGGAGCUGCUCAGACCGGGUGGUGAUCCUUGAGGCCUCAGUGGAAACGUACAAGCGUAAGCUGGAGAACCUGGGUGAUCUCAAGAGGCAGAUGAAGUUGUUGGAGGAGAACAACAUGACCUACAUGCAAAACACUGUCAGUCUGGAGGAAGAGCUGCGCAAAGCCAACGCUGCCCGUGCUCAGCUCGAGUCAUACAAGAGACAGGUGCAGGAGCUUCACAGGAAGUUGUCUGAGGAGUCGAGGCGAGCAGACAACUUGGCUUUUGAGAUGAAAAAGUUGGAGGAGAAGCACGAAACCGUGAUGAAGGAGAAAGAGAGGACCAUCGUUGAGAGAGACUCUCUGAAGGAAAUCAACGAGGAGCUGCGGUGCACACAGGCUCAACAGCACCAGCUUUCCCAAGCAGGGAUUCUUACUUCUGACAGCCCCAGCCAUGAUAACUUGGCAGCUGAGUUAAUACCCAUUGAGUACAGAGAGAAGUUCAUCAGGCUGCAGCAUGAGAACAAGAUGCUGAGAGUUCAGCAGGAGGAAUACGAGCGGGAGAAGAUCGCCGCUCUUCAGGCGCAGCUGGAGGAUGCCCAUAAGACACGCAGUGAACUGGACACUGAGAACAGAUUGAGCCGAGAGCGGAUCAGUGAGCUGCAGCAGCAGGUCGAGGACCUCCAGAAGGCUCUGCAGAGUCAAGCGGCCAAACCUGAUGAUUCAAACCUCAAGCGGAAACUUGACGCGCACAUGGUCCAGCUGAACGAAGCUCAGGACGAAAUCAUGAAGAAGAAAGAGCUGCUGGAGGACCUCCAGCCUGACAACACUCAGAACUCAUUGAAGCAGGAUGAGCUGAUGGCUGCCCUGAAGAAGAAGGAUGAUGACAUGCGGGCCAUGGAAGAGAGGUACAAGAUGUACCUGGAGAAAGCUCGUAAUGUGAUCCGAGCAUUAGACCCUAAGCUGAAUCCUGCCACAGCUGAGAUCCAGGCUCUGAAGAACCAGUUAGCUGAGCGGGACAAGCAGAUCCUCCAACUUGAUCGUCAAUGCGAGCAGGCCAGGCUGAAAGAGUAUGAGGAGAAACUGAUCGUCACUGCUUGGUAUAACAAGAGUCUAAACUUUCAGAAACUGGCCAUUGAAUCUCGACUGGGUGGCUGCACCUCCUCCGUGUUGUCCCCAGGCCAGUCCUUCUUGUCCCAGCAGCGCCAAGUCUCAAACGCCCCGCGCCAGGCGCUUUCCAUCAGCAUGCCUGCCACUACCUCCAAGUAGACUGUGUCAUUCAGCCAAACGUCUCACCUUAUUUUCCUAAGGCUAAAACCUCCCUCCCCUACUCCCUACUACAAGUGAGCACUCAAGUGACCUUAAACACAUCUGCUCUCAGAAUGUAAGGAUAAGCUGAUUGGACUCAAUGAGCACCCUAAAGGUCAGCCAGUAGAGGUUAUAGCAGACAGUCCCACUCUACACUAGUCAACCUUACAUAGAGCAUGAGCCUGUUUUCUCCUCACUGUCCCAACAGUCCCAUUCUUGCCUCUGUUUUUGCUUUGUUAUCUGCACACUUGGCUACUUGCUACAAUCAAUGUAACCUUGGCUCCUUUAUGACAGAAAUAUAAAUGGUUUUAAUCAUAAGUAGAGCCCUGAAUAUUAAUGAAUGUGAUUUUUUUUAUAAAUGGUUACUUGACCGCUAAAGCCUACUAAAUGUAACUUAAGAUUGUUGAUUUAUGUAGUAACUGUUCCAUCAUACUAUGCAGUUAAUGGUGACUGUGAGGGUGUUAAAAAAACAAAACAAAACAAAGGAGCAUGCUUUGAGAAAAUGAUUGCUAUAUUUGGUGCUGGCCACCAACUGCUUUUAAGCAUCCAACAUCACACACUUAAAACAUUUUUACUACAACUGAACAAGCCCAUCAUAUGAAGCUGUGAAAAUCCCGGUUGUCACAUUAUCCAUAAUCAACCUUUUAGGUCUGGUGAUUUGACCUCUCUACUGGCAGCACACUGACUAGCCUUUCUAUUCUCUGAAGAUCUUGAGUCUUAAUUAUUGGUGAGUAAUCAAGAGUGUAAUCAAUGAAGUUGUACAGUUGCAAUGUAAACGUGAUUUAAACACCAGCUUUUGAUCCGAGUGUCAGAACCAGGUUCAACAUUCAUACAGUUUCAUAUAGUACCUGCAUAUUGUAACUUGAGAGUUUUUAUGUUUCGAAUCAUGAAUAUGUUUUCAGCUGUUUUAGUGUUGGCAGAGGGGCACCGUACAGAAGCAGAUAUUGUCUUUCAUAUUGUGGGUUAUUGGUAGUUUGACAAUAUAACAAGCCUUUGACUUCUUUUUCACUUUGUAUUCUGGCAGAAACUUUAAGGAUGUUUUGUUAUCAUGGCUUCACCAUGCGGGACCUAUAGAUGUAUGUCACAGAGCUUUGAUUUUUCUUUUGCAGUGAAUGAGUCGCAUAGAGUUAUGAUUUAAAAGCAUAAAAGUAAGAAGUGUGAUAAAAACGUAGCACAGCCUUGUUUGUGUGCAAAUGAAGAUUGAGAAAGGCAUUAUGAGUUUUCAGGAAUUUAAAAGUCAAACCUUUUCUUGUGAAUAAAUAAAUUGUUUUUCUAAAACUGUA